UUUCCGCCAGCCCGGAUCUCUCGCGACCUUGUUUCAGACAAAUUUUCUUCUGCGCAGAGCCAAAAGUCACUUGCUCAUUUUUUUUAAUCUUACCAUUCUAUCUAUCCUUGUUUAUAUGUUUAUUCGUCUCUCUCGCUCUCUUUCUGAAACUCAUCACUUUCUCAGGUCCUCCUCGCUUUUGAAAGAAACCCUCUCUCUUUCUCUCUCUCUCUCUCUCUGGUUUUACGCCGUUUAGCAGCUGAAACCGCUUUUCAAAGUCUUGUUUAGAAGUGUACACCUGUUUCUCCUUCUCUUUCUUUAGUGAAAGUUGCAGUUUUUGACGCUGUUUUUCAAUCCUCGCACAAAAUGGAUUUGGGUUUGCAUGCAUUGUCUUGCUAGCUAGGACCAUUAAUUUGCAGUACUCCUUAUAUUUUAACGUUUGGAGCUUUGUCAGUCUCGACGUCAACUUGUUUUUGACUGUAAUAACAUCGUGAUUAUCGUACGUCUGCUCAAGCGUGUUUUGAUUAUCCCAGAUGAUGGUUUUUUAGUAACGGCUGGGAUUUUGGAGGAAGGAAGCAGAGAAAAGCAAAAGGAAAUAAUGGCUCCUACAACUAACUGGUUAUCGUUCUCGCUGUCCCCGCUGGAAAUGCUGAGGUCCUCCGAGUCUCAGUUCAUGACCUAUGACAGUUCCUCCACUGCCUCUCCCCAUUACUUGAUAGAUACCUUCUAUGCAAACGGCUGGACAACCCCGAAGUCCCAAAUCUUCUACACUGAAGGAGAAGAGAACCAAGAAGCCAAAGAAGCUCAAGCCCAAAGCUGCCUAGCGGAUUCAUCCUUUUUCACGAGUUUCAUUGAUCCACAAACCCAAAACCAGCCAAUUCCAAAGCUCGAAGACUUUCUCGGCGAUUCGUCGUCGAUGGUUCGGUACUCCGACAGCCAGACCGAGACUCAGGACUCGUCCCUUACUCAAAUCUACGACCACCAGGGUUCGGCAUACUUCAACGAGCAACAAGAUCUGAAAGCGCUAGCUGGGUUUCAAGCUUUCUCUACUAACUCGGGCUCUGAAGUGGAUGACUCGGCGUCCAUGGCUAGAACUCAGCAGGUCACUUGUGCCGAGUUUGCGACUCAAUCUAUUGACUCAUCUGGAAAAGAUUUGGGUUUCACAAACAGUGGCAAUGCCAAGGGAGCUCUCUCACUUGGGGUUGCUCAGAGCCAUGAAAAGGCCAUUGUCUCGGCUGAGUCUGAUAGAACUAAGAAGCUUGCUGACACUUUUGGUCAGAGAACUUCAAUCUACAGAGGGGUUACUAGACACAGGUGGACGGGCAGAUAUGAAGCGCAUCUAUGGGAUAACAGCUGUAGGAGAGAGGGUCAGGCUAGAAAAGGGCGUCAAGUGUACCUGGGUGGAUAUGACAAGGAAGAAAAGGCAGCUAGAGCUUAUGAUUUAGCAGCCCUGAAAUACUGGGGCUCCACUGCAACCACAAACUUUCCCGUUUCAAAUUACACCAAAGAACUGGAAGAGAUGAAACUUGUGACCAAGCAGGAAUUCAUUGCAUCUCUGAGGAGGAAAAGUAGCGGUUUUUCAAGGGGAGCCUCCAUAUAUAGGGGUGUGACAAGGCAUCAUCAACAGGGUCGAUGGCAAGCGAGGAUUGGCCGUGUUGCCGGAAACAAGGACCUGUACCUUGGAACCUUUGCCACUGAAGAGGAGGCAGCAGAGGCAUAUGAUAUUGCAGCAAUAAAGUUUAGAGGUGCAAAUGCUGUGACCAAUUUUGAGAUGAACAGGUAUGAUGUGGAAGCCAUUUCCAAGAGUUCUCUACCCAUUGGCGGGGCGGCUAAACGCCUGAAACUCUCACUAGAAUCUGAACAAAAACCAUCACUAAACCAUAUCCAGCAACCCCCAACAGGCAGUGGCAGCAACAGUAUCAAUUUCACUUCAAUUCAUCCCCUUCAUGCCAUUCCAUCCGGCAUUCCGAUUGAUGCGGCAACUGCACUGUAUCAUCACCACUUUUUCCAGCACCUUCAACCUAACACUACUUCUGACUCUCCUGGCUCUUCAACCAUUACUGCUCCAACUACUAAUAUGUUUCCACCACCAGCUGAGUUCUUCUUAUGGCCUCAGCAGCACCAGCCCUACUGACAAGUGACCCGGAAGUUCUCACUUCAUUGCCGACGGUGCCCCCAAAUAAGUCAGCUAACAUUACCGGAAGCUCUUGUUGUGGGCACUGUCCUAAGCUGACUCACAUCGAUCUGACCCUUUUUCACAGUUUCACUCUAAUUCACCUCUCAACCUGGGGCGAGCAAAGGCAGGAGGUUUUUUGUCUGAAGGCUUAAAAGUUCCAAGUUCCCUUUAGGAAUCUGGAUUUUUGUAAGUAACUUUGGUUCAGUCUCGUUAGAAGUUACGGUACUGUGAUGAAUACUUUUGAACGGGGCAUCCAUCUAACUGCAAAAGUUUUAUAAAGUAUUUUCUUUCCAUA